AUGAAUUACUCUCGAUUCAUCACCACUGUGAGUGCAGCAAGAAAAGCAUCUCCAAUAAGACUUCUGAGUGAGUACACACCUGAUGUGAUCAGUAAGUCUCCUCCAUCUCUCAUCUCUCUGGCUGGAGGGGCACCAAACCCUAAUGUUUUCCCAUUUAAGAGGGCUACUGUUGCCAUUGGACAUGGAAGUGCUGUUGAGAUUGGGGAAGAUCUGAUGAAGAGAGCUCUCCAGUACUCGGCAUCAGCAGGGAUUCCAGAGCUCUUGUCUUGGCUAAAGGAUUUCCAGCGGAAUCUACAUAAUCCCCCCACAGCCAACUAUAGCCCUGAGCAAGGACAAAUGGAAGUGUGUGUCACAACUGGCAGCCAGGAAGGCUUGUGUAAAGUGUUUGAAAUGCUCAUUAAUCCUGGGGACAACAUCCUUUUGGAUGCACCCACAUACUCUGGGACACUAGCAGCUCUGAGACCUUUGGGUUGCAACAUAAUCAAUGUUCCUAGUGACCAACAUGGCAUUAUUCCAAAAGCUCUAAAAGAAAUUCUGUCUACUUGGAGCUCAGAAGACAUAAAAAAUCGUAGCCACCACCUCCCCAAAUUCCUGUACACUAUUCCAAAUGGCUGCAACCCAACUGGAAACUCUCUGACCACAGAGCGCAAGAAGGAGAUUUACCAGCUUGCAAGAAAAUAUGAUUUCCUCAUAAUAGAAGAUGAUCCUUACUACUUUCUUCAGUUUGAAAAGCCAUGGGCUCCAACUUUCCUCUCAAUGGAUGUGGAUGGCCGAGUUAUCAGGACUGACUCUUUCUCUAAAAUUCUCUCAUCUGGGUUAAGAAUAGGUUUUCUGACCGGUCCCAAGCCUCUUAUCGACAGAGUUAUUCUACACAUUCAGGUUUCAACAAUGCAUACCAGCACUUUCACACAGAUUAUGAUAUCACAGCUGCUUCAGCAAUGGGGAGAAAAGGGUUUCUUGGAGCAUAUAGACAGAGUGGUGGAGUUCUACAGGACCCAGCGGGAUGCAAUGCUCAUUGCUGCUGACAAGUGGUUAAAAGACUUGGCAGAAUGGUACCCUCCUGCUGCUGGCAUGUUCUUGUGGAUCAAAAUUAAGGGUGUUUCUGAUACACAGCAGCUGAUCAUGGAAAAAGCUUUGCAGAAAGAAGUGUUACUGGUUCCUGGAGGAGCAUUCAAUAUCAACAGUUCAGAGCCUAGUUCUUAUGUCAGAGCCUCCUUCUCUCUGUCUUCUCCAGCCCAGAUGGAUCUGGCCUUCAAGAGACUGGCUGUCCUUAUAAAAGAAGCUUUGUGAAAAAGCUAAAUAGAGCUCUUGCAGCAAUCAAAAUCAUCUCCAGAAAAUAUUUAUUAACGUUUGGAUUUCAUCAGACCACUUUAAAAGCAAGCACAAUACAGUGGAUGUUUCCUUAGAUCAUUUCGGCUAAAAAAGCAAAAAAUGAAAGACUGAAAAACAAUUUGCUGAAUUUUUUUUGACAGGACAUUGCAUUACUAAAUUUAUUCCAAUUCAGAAACAUUUAAAAUACUCAAACACAAAAUGUUCUGUUUCCCGUCAA